AUGGCCCCCUACACGACCACCACCAUCCUCGCCGCCCUGGCUGGCGCCGCCGGCGUAUCUGCCCACGGCUACGUGAACCAGAUCAUCAUCGACGGCAAAUCGUACGUCGGGUACAACCCGACGAUCGCGCCCUGGCAAGCGGAGCAGGACUCCAUCGGGUGGCAGAACUGGGCGACGGACACGGGCUUCGUGCCGUCGUCGUCAAUGCAGGACCCGGACAUUAUCUGCCACCUCGACGCCAAGAACGCGCCCCUGACGGCGACGGUGGCGGCCGGCAGCGAGAUCACCCUGCAGUGGACGGGCUGGCCCGAUAGCCACCACGGGCCCGUCGUCGAUUACCUCGCCAACUGCAACGGGGACUGCACGACCGUCGACAAGACGACGCUCAAGUUCUUCAAGAUUGAUGAGAUGGGCCAGCUCGAGCUCGGGGCCGGUGGCGGCACGCCGGGCUACUGGGCGUCCGACAAGUUCAUUGACGAUGGCUUCGUGUGGAAGGUCACCAUCCCCGAUAGCAUCGCCCCGGGCAGCUACGUCCUGCGCCAUGAGCAGAUUGCGCUGCACCAGGGCUACGCGGAGGGUCUGACGCAGAUGUACCCGCAGUGCAUCAACCUCGUGAUCACCGGCGGAGGCUCCGACAACCCGGAGGGUGUCCUUGGCACGGAGCUGUACAGGAGCGACGACCCUGGUAUCUUGUACAACAUCUACAACGACGAGUCCAACCCCGUCUACCAGAUCCCUGGACCCGAGGUCUACCAGGGGUGA